GAGGUGCAAUUCUCUCCAAGAAAAUCACAUACUCCUUAGGUGGGAAUCCUAUCGUUUUACCUGAUGAUCCUUGAAAAUCCUUUUGCUUUCAUGGAAACCUUAUACGCAAUUUACAAUUGUCCCUUGGUAUUAUCAAAGAUAAUAGAAUGACCUGCCUGGUGUUAUCACAUUCGCAACAUAGCUCGUUAUCAAAUUGUGAAAUGAGCAGAAGUUACAAGAUCAAAAUAUUAAUUCAAAUUGCUGACAAGCUAUUAGCCUUAGUUUGUCAUGCCUAAUUAAAUAAGACCAAAAAAUAUGGACGGUAAUAACAAGGAGUUUUCUGCAAAAAUUUGCACGUUUUUGUUGGCCCAUUGUUAUGGGUCGUCACUUUUGUCCUGCAUCUCCAAUCACAGGACUGAGACCAAGAAAACAAUGCUUUGCACAGCCCACGAAUUUGGACAAAAUGCAAGGUCAAUAUUGACAUGAUAAUGAAAUCCGCAUUAUUUCAGAGAACGAGAGGAAGGAAGAAUUGAAGGAUUGUGAAUUCGCAGUCUUGCUCCUUGAUCUAGUGAAUUUUACCACCAACUUGACUUCUUCUGCCUUAUCGAAAAAAGACAUUUCUGGGCAAAGGUCACACGAAAAAGGAAAACCGGGAAGUGGUGCGAAUUGGGUUGUAACUGAAUGCAAAAUGGUUGACACAAAGAGCAUUGAAAACAUCAAAGUGGUUGGCCUGCAAAAGAAAAAAGAUCAUGGAUCCAGUAAACAUUAUGAAUUCAUUCUAAGAGUCAAAUGGAGCAACAAGUCAGAAAUUACCAUUUACAGACCAUAUAGCAUGUUUUUUGAUUUCCAGGGAGUCCUGUGCGAAAUGUUCAAAGAGAAAUAUAGCAUAACUAUACCUCCUGUUCCAGCUACCAAGUUCCACUGGAUGUUAUUAGGAAAACUUGGAAUCGAGAAGGAAUGUAGAGCAAUAGAAGAUUUUUGUCAGAAAAUAAUUAGCCUUCCACAAUUGGUUUCCCAGUCGAUUGUCGUGAUGCAUUUCUUCGACUGUUGGGGGACUGACGUCAGAGCCUCUACCCAACAGAGUAGUGACGUUAUUGGAUCUCAAGGAUUUGGAAGUCCAGCUAUCCAAGAAACCUCAAACCAAACUCAAGACUCCUUUGGGCCUGGCUCAUCACCAGAUCAAGAGCACCAGUAUCGUGCUGUAGCAAGUUUUACAGCAACUAAUCCUGGAGAAAUUUCAUUUGAAGAAGGCAGUGUUUUGACGGUGGCUGAGAAAACAGACCGCGGUUGGUGGUUUGUUUGGAAUGAUCUUGAUCAGCAAGGCUGGGCGCCGGCGACCUAUCUUGAAUCAUUUGGGGCUGUCACUGAGGAGGAGAAUGACGAGUGGGUAGAAAUGAAUGAUUCUGACAUGCAUGCACACUUAUAUUCAACCGUUGUGGCAUAUACUGCACAGAAUGUCGAUGAAGUUUCAUAUAGCGUCGGGGAAGAAGUCGAGGUACUGGCUAAAAGUAAUUAUGGAUGGUGGAAAAUUAGGUAUAAAGACAAAAUUGGUCUCACUCCAGCAACAAAUCUUAUGCGAAAAGGCGAAGAAUAUACGUCACCAGUCAACACUGGCAGGGCUAUGUCAAUAUCCAGCUCAAGUGGCCUAUAUGCUGUUGUAAGAAAAGCUCCACCACGAAAAGAUUCCGUACGACGAUCUGGAAAUUUCUCUAAAAAGGACCCUACAAGAUUUGUAUACAGCUCAGCAUCCUUCUCAGGGGGAAAAUUUAAUUUCGAUGACAACACCAAUUCGACAUUUCAAGACCAAGGUGUCAAAGGGUCGAACCAAGGGCAAUCGGAUCAAGUGUUGCAAAGGGGACAAAGUAAUGAACCUGCACAGUCAUAUGAAAAUAUUGGCAAAAAGUGGAAUAAUGGAAAUGCUUCCGUAGAAGAGAGAAGAAAAGCAGUCAAAAUAGAGGGUGUAGAGAUUUACUCAGCCAUUGCUGAUUAUACUCCAGAAAAGGCUGUCCCUGAUAACCUGGCUUUACAUAAAGGAGAUAUCAUGCAGUUGAUUUCUGUCGAAGAGGGAUGGUUCCUGGUCCAGCUUUAUAGAGGCAGUGACGUCAUGGAGGGCUGGGUUCCAUCAACAUACGUCGAACGGCGAUGGGACGUUGAUUUGGAUAAAAUGAAUAUUUCAAAACCAUCUACUGUAGAAUCUUCUCCGAAACCAAAACCACGACCACGGCCGAAACCACGGGACCGUGCGGAAGAGCACCUACUCACUGCCGCUCCCCCGGUACCCACUCCCAGGAAAUCUUCAAAGCCGUUUAUAAACGAGGCUGAUUCUGUAGCCAUUCAAGGCACUGAAAAGGCGCAAGAUCGGCCAAGACUUCCGCUUCCACAAGGCAAAGGCCUUGAACAGGAGACAUCAGCCGGUUUGUCGACUCCACCCGUACCUUGUUCGGGACAGGAGCAGGAAGAUAACAUGGAAUCGAUUUACGACGAGCCUGAAGCACAGCUUCGGUCGGUUUACGAUGCUGAACCUUGGUUUUUUGGCAAGAUAAGUCGACAGGAAUGUGAACAAAUGUUGAAACAGAAUGGAAGGCAGCAGGAAUUUAUGGUUAGAGAAAGUACCAGGGGGAGUGGCUCUUACGCACUAUCUGUGAAAUAUUGUUACAGAAUCCGUCAUUUUCCAAUCGAGACUACUACAGGUGGCAAUUUAUUGAUUGGCAAGUUAACAUUUCAAAACUUGAUUGACGUUGUGAGCUACUAUAAAGAGAACCCAUUGUUCUAUUCUGAACACAAGGAACCAAUAACGCUAGGUAAUGCAUUCAAAUUGCCGUCUUAGGCUCUCAGGCCCACGGGCUCUUAGGCUCAUGGAGGACCAUUAUGAAGGUUCGGUCCUUGUAGCAUGUCAACCAGUUGAUGGAAGUCAGAAAAAUGAAGUAUGGAAGUUAUGUUGUUUUCAUGACGUCAAUAACAAAUGUACACAAAAGACAAAGUAUUUGCUGCUACCUUGUACAUAGAAAAUUUUCAAUUUCGUGUAACCAGUAACGCGAAGGACCGUUCGAUUAUAAUGAACUAUGAUUGAUUGCUUUCUGUAAAUCAUCACUUAAAGACUCAUUGCUAACAAUGGGCCUUUGCGAGCGUGGCGACGAUCCAGACAAUGGUAGUAAACUUCUACGGAUUAACCAAAAUUGAUUUCAGACUGUCUAAAAAUGCAUUAUGGGAUGCUUGCGUAGCGCAAUGGCUCAUUGUUAGCAACGCGUCUUUAACAAGCGUGGUAUGUAGGUGUUGGGUUUUAAAGCCAAACAUUAUCAAACGAUUUUUAUUUUGACACCUUUUUGCAUAGCUAUCAAACAUUUGAAGCACUUCUUACGUAAAUUUGGUUUUUCAAACCUGGCUGAAAUUAAAGAAAUUCCAACGAAUUAGUGAGUCUAACGGACUAAACAUUAAGAGAGACCCGAAGACCACUACGGGCAGCACAUCUUCUAUUUCUAAGAAAGCAUGCGUAGUUCAAAACGAAAUUUUUUUUAAAAGGGCUUCUUUGAAAAGUCUCGAAUGACCAGUUUAAUGCGGAACAGAUUUUGGUAAACGACAAAGACCAGCAUUUUUUUCUCGAUUUUAAAGAAAGUUGCUGUUGAAGGCAAAAUAGAUUCCAUUGCCAUGUCCAAACCUUGUUAUUUCUUAUUGAUUUUCUAAGCAGUUCUUCCAAAUUGAAUGGUAUUAUCCGGACGAAAGAAGAACACGUUCCUGGACACCGAUGAUCGGUUUAAAUGUUUACUAGGGAGUUUUACGCAUAUCAAGAAAGUUCUCUAACAAACUAAACUUGUCGCGAUAUGGUCCUGUUGAUAAAACAACCUAUUUCCGAAGCGAGGCUCAAGUAUACAAACAAUCAAGUGGAAGAAUUAUGGUCAUAAGAUCCUUGUUCUUAGGAAAUCCUUUUUAAAUGUCUAAGAUAUAACGCGCAAAGCUUAUAACAAACUUUUCUAGUGUUCAUUUGAGGUGUGUUGACGGUGUUAUCCUUAGAUUUUAGCUGUGAUCGAGAAAAGCAAGCAGCAUAUGCUAUUAACCACUUUCGAGGGUUCGCUACCAGUAUUCUAAUUGGUCUAAAUUACAGUUUGCGACUUGAAUCGUCGUCUAUUGACUGGCAGGUUUAUUUUGGCCAAUCAUAAUAUAUCCUCAGAUUUCUGAUUGAUUUUCGUUGAGUGAAGCCUAUCUUGAAGGGAAGGAAAUUAGCAAAGACCAGGCAGCUGUAGAUUCCAAACACGUGUAUAGUUCGUUGAAUAGAUUCACCUGACGUCCUAAACCUUAUCAAUGCACUGUCCAAUACGAACAUGACCAGGCACUGACUUGUUUAAGCGGGCCAGUCAGAGUAAAUUUCGUAUUUUAAUGCAUGAUUUGCUAUUUAUUGAAAUAGAAGUUUCAUACAGUAGUUUUUGAAAAUUUGUAAUAUUAUAUAAAUGCAUUGUUUAAUUUCCAUAAUGAAAUGGGAAAAUGAAUAUCAAAA